UGUCAAACUAGCAGUUUCAUAACAAAUCUUAAAUAAUUUUGUCGAUAAUCGUGUAUCUUGUAAUUAUGUCGGCUAAGAAAGGUUUAGAAUUUUUAAAGUAUAUUGCUGAGUAUAUAGCUAAAUCUAAAGGAUAUGAUAGUGUGAUGAAGAAGGUUGAAAUCACGAGUGGUGGCGACGGAAAGUGUUUGGCAGAAUUUACUGUCUCAGAAGAACAUCUAAAUCGUGGCGGGGGACUACAUGGAGGAUUUACUGCCACACUUGUUGAUAACAUAACAACAUAUGCUCUCAUGUCAAAAGACUGUCAUCCGGGUGUCUCUGUUGAUUUGCACGUAAGCUAUUUAAAGGCCGCUAAGGAGGGUGAUGAGGUGAUUAUUGAUGCCACAACAGUUAAGGCUGGAAAAACAUUAGCAUACAUUGAAUGUGAACUGAGGCACAAAAAGAAUGGUGCUAUUAUUGCCAAAGGAGCACAGACAAAAUUUGUUGGAUUUUAAAGUAUUUAACAAAACAGCAAAAUAUGAAUAUAAAAUUGUAUGUUUAA